AUGUCGUCUUCCAGCACGAGCACUGUCGCUCUCGACUCCGCUCCUCACGACCAUCGCCCACCGCUCUACAACGCCGGCCGUCUCGGUCAAGCGCGCCAGCUCCUCGGCGUGGCCAUCCUGUGCCUGUCCAUGCUCCUCACCCAAUCUUCGUUAGGUCAAACCGUCCUACCCAUCCGCAGCAUCGCGCGCACUUUCGACGUCGAGUCCUCCGACGCACAGCAAUCCUGGUUCGCCGCCUCCUUCUCCCUCACCGUCGGCACUUUUGUCCUCCCCGCUGGGCGGAUUGGCGAUCUCGUAGGCCACAAGACGGUGGUCAUCGUCGGCUACGCUGUGCUUAGCGUCUGGUCGCUUCUCGCCGGGUUGUCGCAUUAUACGGGCUCGUAUGUGUUCUUCGAUGUGUGCAGGGCGAUGCAGGGUCUAGGAUGUGCGGUGCUGUUGCCGAAUUCGUUGGCGAUACUGGGGAGGGUGUUUGCCCCGGGCACGUAUGCCAAGCAUCUCAGCUUCAGCUUUUUCGCUGCUACAGCUCCGAACGGGUUCCUCGUCGGGGCGCUGUUCACGACGUUGAUGGACAUGAACUCGCGCCUGGGCUGGCAGUGGGGAUUCUACAUCAUGGCCAUCACCGCUGCCGCACUGGCCGUGCUGUGCAUCUGGAUUCUCCCGAACGAGGCAGAGAUGCGCGCAGUAAGCGCCGCGUGGGAGUCCGACACCAAGCCCGAAUCAUCCGAGCCCUCAACCCCCAUCGAGAAGAAAGCACCCCUCUGGCAACGCAUCGACCUCUUCGGCACCCUCACCGGCAUCAUCGGCCUGGUGCUGUUCAACUUUGCCUUCAACCAAGCCCUCGUCGUUGGCUGGCAGACGCCCUACAUCUACGCCCUCCUCCUCGUCGGCCUCCUCUUCAUCGGCGUCUUCAUCUACGGCGAAUCCAAAGCGUUGUUCCCGCUCCUCCCCACGAGCGUGUUUCACCUCAGCGGCACAUUCAUCCUCCUCUCCCUGGCGUGUGGGUGGGCAUCGUUUGGCAUUUGGUUGUUCUACGUCAACCUUAUGCAGCAGACCAUUCGGGGGUACAGCCCGAUCUUUACGCUGCUCACCUUUGUCCCUGCUGGCGUGGCGGGGAUUGUUGCCGCGUUCAGCAGCGCCCAUAUUCUAGGCAAAACAAGUCCGCCGUUCGUCAUGCUUCUCUCGCUCAUUGCGUUUUGCACCGGAAGCUGUGUUGCAGGCAACGCACCCGUGAGGGUCGAGAGUCUUCCGUACAUCGCUUCGGCCAUCAUGCCUUUUGGCAUGGACAUGAGUUUUCCCGCUGCCAGCAUCAUCCUCUCCGACUUUUUGCCCGCGCAUCAACAGGGGACCGCAAGCAGCAUUGUCAAUACGGUGGUGAACUACAGUAUUGCGUUGGGACUGGGCUUUGCGGGCGUCGUGGAGACGCAUGUCAAUGAGGGAGGGAGGAACGUGUUGAAGGGGUACAGGGGCGCGUUUUAUAUGGGCAUGGGUUUCGCUGGUGCGGGCGUGGCGUUGGCGUUGGUCAAUUGGGGGAUGCAUUUGCGCGAGAGCAAGCAGAGCCAGCGGGACAAGGACGAGACGGAGGCAGAGAAGUUUUGA